CCCGAUCCGAGCUUGCCAGUCAUUAGUCAUUUUAUUGAUGUUUAUAAGAAGAAGAUCCACCUCCAACCCUUACCAGUAUUUGUCGAACCAGACCUUGCUGCAAAGCUAAACACAGCACCUCGAUAUCUUCUCUGGAGCUUCAUGUCUCUCAUGUUGAACUUUUCUACUCACAAUUUUUUUAACGGCCAGGAAUCAACUGCAGCUGAGUUCUACUCACGCGAAGCUGAGCAGACUGUCAUGGAAGAGUCCUCCGAGGGGGUACCAGCGAUAGAACUAGUACAGGCUUUAUGCUUAAUAGCUUUGAAGCAUCUCAAGAGUACGCUAAGUCUGUUCCUAAAAUUUAUUAUACUGACCGAUUAUUCAGCCCAAAAGCUCAACCGUGCUUGGAUGACGACGGGGACUGCCUCAAGAAUAGAGGCCCUACGGCUUCUCUCCUACGAAUGUCUAUCUACACCCAGGGACCAUGCACAGACUCGAUCCUACUGGCUUGUACAUGCUCUCGAAUGCCUUUUUGUACCAAUUAAAACCACUACGUCUGAUUUGCAAAUUCCAGACUAUCCCGACUUGACUCUGAUACCACCUCUGCCUGACUCUUCUGGUACAGAAGAAGCUGCCCAGGAUACCGUACAUGUGACUGGCUCAUCUACCACUGAGAUCGAUAGAGUCGGCAUUAUCGCACACAGUUUGCGCAUCAUCGACAUAUGGGGAGAACUCACAUCCUAUUUGCACACUCUUCGACAGGGCAAAACUGAAAAGUCUUGGUCGCCUGACUCAAUACAUAUGAGAAUAAAUCUUGAGCUGAUCGAGUUUGAAGCCAAGAGUCCUAAAAAGCUCUUUCUUUGCAAUGCAUACCUCUCUAGGCGAACCAAAGAUGAAGUUUCUCGGUAUCCCGAGUUUUGGAACCGCUUUAUGGUAGGCCAGCUGAUGUGGCACGCCACCCACGCCAUUCUCAACCACCCUUUUAUCCAUCUAUCUGUCUUGGCCUCUCGAGGUAACAUCCCUCCGUCAUGCUUCUUCAUGCAGCAAAGGAUUGAUAUGGCGAUUUAUCAUUCCAACUGGACAUUUCGACUACUCGAAAUGUUCGAUAACCUAAUGGAUAUAGUUGAUCCGAUGAUUGCGAACGCAAUGGCCAGUACUGCGACGGUCUCCUGGUUAUUUCAAUUCUCCAAGGACCAGGAGAUCGCUCAAAAGGCGCAGAAUAACUUAAGCAAAUGUGAAGAAUUCUUGUGCCAAGUAGCUCAGACCUGGCCGCACAUUUCACAGAAGAUUGAUGCUCUACGAAAGCUCCAGGCACUCGCUAGGGAGAACUACCGGCAAUGCUCAAGUCAAGGCACAACAAUCAGCUUUCAAUCUGCAUGGUUUUGGGACCUCCUUUCACCCAGGCCUUCGUUCGGGGCGAAUGAGGCUCGUGCACCUGACUUGAGAGGUGAGACCAAGUCCGAGAUUAGUCUCAAGAACCAUUUUGUUUUGCCUCUGCAUGAUGGUUUAGGCUCCGAGCCAGGCAAUCCCCUCGUUGGGUUGGCUGUCGAUCCGUUCUUGGUCAUGCCUGGAGAGCUGGAGCUGUUCAAUAUUGACUCAUUGUCCCAUGACUUUUUCCAGAGCGGACUUUGGGACCCAAUCUGA